AUGGUCAAAGGUGAUAGUGCGAUUAGGCCAGGAAAUAUUUGCUCCAACUGUAUCGCAUUCGGAUCCGAAUGCACUCAUGGGAUUGUGAAGAAACGCGGACCGCGUAUAGGGCUUCCUCAUGGGAGACGUUCAGUUCAAGCCACUGUGGACGCGAUUUUAUCCACUAGGAGAUCUUUCGAAGUACCGAAGGACCCGGUGAUAACGAAAGAAAUCUUGGUUAAUCUGGCAAAUUACAUCAAAGAUUUGGAAGAAGAUAUAGCUCAACUUAGACAAGGACUCGAAGCUUCCUCCACUCAUAGAGAAGCACCGCUCUCAACUGCACUACAGCUAAACGAAAAAGGAGGGAUUACUAGGUCCUCACUCGUUCCAGACAACCCAUUUCAAUCCCCCGACGAUUAUUCCAUCGACGAUCUGACCCGAAGUUUCAAAAUGUUCGGCGAGUUCGACGAUAACUGUGUCCGACAUUUUGGUAGUUCGAGCAGUAGGGCAUUGGUCAAGGAUGCUUUAGACAUGAAGAAAGAAUAUACAGGCGAUGCGGAUUUUGUGAAUGCCAAACCCUCAUUCAAACGCGUAGAGUUUUGGAGUGUUCAUCCCUGGCAGAUACGAAAACCAGAAGACCGACCUCCACCUUUUGAAUUUCCCCCGGACGACCUGAUGAUAAGUCUAAUCGACCUGUUUUUCACGAAAAUACACCUACUUUUGCCUAUCUUACACCGUCCCUCUUUUCUCAAAUCCGUCGCGAAAGGCUUACAUCACGAGGACCGCCAUUUCGGGGGCCUCGUUCUAGCUAUAUGUGCACUAGGGGCGCGCUUUUCGGAUGAUCCUCGUGUCUUCGAAGAGCACACUUCGAACGAACGAUCUAUUGGCUGGAAAUGGAUACGUCAGAUCGAGCCUAUAAAAGGCUCUUUUACCGAUCCUCCUACCAUACAUGAGAUUCAACUGUAUACGGUAUAUGUCAUGUUCGUGGGUCCGACCUCGACUCCGGAGGCUUGUUGGAUUCUCAUCAGCAUCGGGGUCCGCUCGCUUCAAGAUGUCGGCGCUCAUCGAAAACUACCUAACCAUGUUAAACCAUCAGUAGAAACCGAGUCGUGGAAACGAGCCUUCUGGUUCAUGUACGUGACAGACAUUUUUGCAAGUACGUUACUGGGUCGCCCUCGAUCCAUGUCUCAAAACGAUUUCGACGCAGAUUUACCAAUAGAUUGCGACGAUGAAUACUGGGAACAAGGAGACCCCGAGCUAGCGUUUGAACAGCCGCCUGGAAAGCCUUCGACGAUGUCCUAUUGGACAUGUUAUUUGAAACUGACGAAUAUAUUGGGCUUGACGCUACAUACUAUUCAUGGUGUUAGGCAAUCUGAUAUAUGGUCUGCAACCAUGGGAUUGUCGAAGAAGGACUGGAACGAGAGGAUCGUUACUGAGGUUGACUCCCUGCUCAACAAAUGGAUUGAUGAAAUUCCUGAUCAUUUGAAAUGGGAUCCUGAUCGAGAAAAUAUUGAGCACUUCGAUCAGUCGGUGAUGCUCUAUACCACUUAUUAUUGGACUCAGAUAUUAGUCCAUAGACCGUUUAUACACCGUCCUGGAGAAGACACACAUUCAAACAUCCCCUCAUUAGCAAUAUGUGCUAAUGCUGCAAGAUCUUGCCUUCGCGUUGUGGAAGCCCACCAGCAGCGCAAGACUAAUGCUUUUAUAAUGCCAAAUGUGAUGAUGGCCCUGUUCAACUCUGUUAUUGUUUUAUUAGUCAAUAUGUGGAGGGGAAAACAUUUCAUAGGUUCUUCUUGUUCAGAUUUCAGCAAAGAACUUGCCGAUGUUCACCGCGCUAUCAAUACAUUUCAUCUUCAUGAAAAUAGGUGGGAACAGGCUGGCAGAUUGGCGGACAUCUUAAUGGAAGUGAUAUCUGUCAGUCACUUCCAUCAGUCGAGCCAACCCAGAACGAUAUCCUUGAAACGACCUCGGAUAGAAAACAAUAUUCUUGCCUCUUCACUGACUACAUCUGAAGCCGUCGACAAUGAGGACCAAUACACAACUGGACGCAAUGGGCUGUCGGUGGCUGCGAAUAUUGGCAACCCUCCAACGGCAUCAAUCCAAGAGUUGGCUGCAAAGUUCGCUUUACCUCAAAACAGUAAUGAACUUGGAAGCCUUCCCAUCUGCGAACCUUUCGAUUGGUCUACCCCUCAAAAUCAAUGGGGGUCGACCUCAGCAAAUCAGACGGCUGACGAUUCUUGGGCAGCGACAAUUCCAUACAACGCGAGUCAAUUCGGUUUCUACUCGACAUCGUCGGGAACAUUCACAAAUUUUUCCGGUGAAGGUCAAGAGGUUUUCAGAAGCGUUUUCGUGACAUUGACAAUUGUUUCUUAA